GAAGACAAGGAGCUUAAAGGGGAAUGCUGCUCAUUCACUUCCACACUCCACACUGACCAUCUCCCUCCAAGCAUUUAGUGAGAGCUUGAGACUAAUUUGGUUAUGUAACAUUUGUCAAUUUUACCAGUGAGCACUGCUUUUCUGUGGAAACUCAAAUUGUUGGAAAAGAUUCCAAAAUUUAAAUUGUGAUAAUUUACCAAUGUCUGUUAAGAUUGCUAAAGUCUGAAUGGAUCAUAGCUUUCUAUGGACUAUUCAGUGAGACAGGUUCCCCUUUACGUCAGUAGGUGUGUUUCCACUGAGAUUCUGGAACCUUCUGAGGAACAGAUAUUGGGCUAUGCUCAAUGAGAACUACACUACCAUACUGCAGAGACUGUAAUGUAUAAUAUAAAAUUAGAGAGACAAAGUGUGAGAACACAGCAAAAUGACAGCCACACAGAGAACGUGGAGGUGUUUGUGGUUCUUUAUUACAUUUGCUUUGUUGAUAUAUGAUGAUGUUUAGGGAUGCAUCAUUACCAAUAAUGGUAUCAGGUAUCCAUGUGAAAUGUCUACAGGCCUAGACAAAAUAAUGUGAUGAAAAUCAGUUAUCGACAGUCAGCCAUUAUUGGUCCUUGACAACGAGGAAUUCCCGCACAAUGAAGCAUUAUUUUUAUUUUUAUUUUUAUUUAUUUAUUUAUUUAUUUAUUUUUUACAGCUGUACAUAAAUGCUUUUCUUAAGUGAAACAAAAGUCACCCUUCUCCAUUGCAAGCCUUCUUUGAUCCAAGGUAACUAACAUAGCUAGCUAAAUCAUGAAAUCAAGUAAAAUGAGCACUUUAAGGAAAUUAAAGCUAACAGUAUAAAUAAUGAGCGCCUAUUAGCUAACAUAUGCUUUUUUUGUAGCCGCUAUUCAAGCCAGGAAAGCAUCCAUGAUGACCCAGAUUUCUACGUACUGAGUAGGUUCCUCAUUUCAGUUUUGGUAUCAUUACCACUAUCAACGAGCACCAAAAAACAGUCUGAAGAAAUUGGUAUUGAUACAUCUGUAAUGAUGCAUCAAUGAGUUUUUUAAACCAGUUACAGGCAUGGAGGACGAUUGUUAACUGUUCCUAUAAAAACAUUCUAACUCUGUAAACCAUUAGCCUCGGUCAUUAGCUUGAGAGGGAAUAGUUUACCAAUUAGUGAUGUUUACUACAGCAAACUUCACCACAGAAGUUUUUCCCGAAUAGAACAGUAUGCUAGUGUCCAUCUAUAGAAAAGGACCUGCUGAAAAUAAUCUAUGGCCCAGGAACUAAAAUAGGCCCUGGUUCCUCUGGUGGAAAUGCACCUAAAGUUCCUUGGUUCCUGAAAAGGUUCUUGCAGUGGAAACACGCCUAAUGGGUAUGUUAGAGUGCUCCUGCAUUGUGAGGCUGGAGUUUUGGAGGUGUGUCUUGACCUCUCUAAGCACAGAACGGCUCUCUCAUAUCUGUUUGUCCUCUUGUCUUUCUCUCUGUUUCUGUUCUUCUGUUCCUUUCUGUUCUGUUCUUUUUUGCCUGCUGCCUGUCUGGUCUGCAUCUUUGCAUCCUGAGAGAGAAGAAUGGGGAGAUCCCAAUUUGGUAAAGCUCAAUGUCGCCAUUACCUGUGGCUACCUGCUUUACGACCUUCUGCUGCUAGCCUGCAACUGGAGCACCAUGGGAGACAGCUUUUUUGUGUGUCACCACUUGGCGGCACUCUAUGCAUAUGGAUAUGUGCUGACACGUGGGGUGCUUCCAUAUUUUGCAAACUUCCGACUUAUUUCGGAAUUAUCAACACCAUUUGUGAACCAAAGGUGGUUCUUUGAGUCGCUGGCAUACCCUCGCUCUCACCGGCUGGUGGUGGCUAACGGUGUGGCUAUGGCCGUGGCCUUCUUCCUGGUGCGCAUCGCUGUGAUGCCGCCAUACUGGGCGAAAGUGUUUGGCACGUUUGGUACGCCCGCCUUCGAGAGGCUUGGCCUGGGCGCGCAGGUGGCCUGGAUUGUCUCCUGUGUGUGUCUGGAUGUGCUCAACGUCGUAUGGAUGUAUAAAAUUGCCCGUGGCUGCUACAGGGUCAUCACUGGAACAAGUGGCAAGAAAAAAGGUGGCAAGGCAAGUUCCGAUGAGUUCAACCAUGUCAACAAUCAUAUGGACUGAACAGUGUAGGCUGUAAGCAGGAGACGGAAUUGAAAGUGGCAUACUGGACCACAGUUUUAGAUUUCAGUCUUCCCUGCCAGACCAGGAACAUGGUAACUGCUGCUUAUUUGCUAUCUUGCUCUAAAAUGGAGAGAGAGUGGAGUCUGCAGUGUUCUCUGGUUGCCUGGGUUAGAGAUCAUCAAGAGGCAUUGUGGAAAUGAACAUCAAUAAGCAUACAGUAUAGACCCCUAUUGCUUCAGCCACAAGUGCCUCAAAACCCAAGGACCAGAAAUGGAACAUCGAGAUAUACAUGUGACAACCUCCGAAUUAUGAAAGCUACCUAAAGAUUUUCUUGUCAGUUGUCUGACAGAUGUACCACCUCUUGGGGUCUUCCUGUUUUUAGACACAGUGAACAUUCACUCAAACACACCACUGUGCCUCUUACCUACAGGUUUUGGAGCGUUUUUCUUUGAAACUAACUCCAAUUAUUGUUAUUAUUAUUAUUAUUAUUUUGAAUGCUCAUCUUGUUGUGUCUACCCCAUCAUCUCUCUUUUUUUUGAAAAGCACUAAAGGCUUACUACACCUCUUAAUAUCACACUAUGUUUGUAAUUUACAGUCACCACUGUAUCCUCAGAUCUGAUCCAUCCGUUGGUAAAAUGUCAUCUCUACCUCUCUUUCUUGGCACCAAGGCUCUUAUUAUUGACUGAAAUAGACACAGCAAGAUCUUCAGUCAUGUUCUGUCAUAAUCUGAUAGAUUCCCUGUGCUCAGUAUUACCGUCCAAGCCUCCCUGGGAACCUUUCACAACACAGUAUGUCUCUGUCGCUGUGUCUUCACUUAGUGGGGUGUGAGAAACUAAAUAAGAGGUCCUGCAGGUGCCUUCUCCAAUGCCAGUGGAAUGCUCAUUAAACAUCACCUCCUUCAGGCACAUUAGCAUCAUGCUUAUAUAAAGCCUGUAUACACGUCCAUUAGGUGGAUACUUAAGCUUGAUUUUCAGCCCAGUGCUGUAUAUCGGUUCUUUCAGUCUGCUUCAGGCAAACCCGUCUUUCUUGGCUGACAAGCCCUCAAUUUGAUUAGUACUUCUGUUUAAGUUGCAGCCUCUGUAGGACCCGAGUUUCACCUUUACCACGAUUUCUGUAUUCUUUUUUUACAUUUUUCCCUGGAUUGGUCUCAGUAGGUGACAUUUUUAAAUGUCAGACUUUGUGAGAUUUUUGUUGUUUCUCAUAGUCUAUGGUGCUUCCUACUUACCAGCCGGUGCGUCUAAAUGGUACAUCUGCUUCAGCUGUCUGAACUGACGGCUCUAGCAUGUAAAAGCCGACUGUGUCCUUUAUUCAGAAUGUAUUCAGUCGGGAUGUACAUAUAAUUAUUAUUUCCGUGUGUAUUUGCUGAUAGUGCAGUUUUAGCCCAUUUGUCCACGUUUUGACUUAAGCACAAGUAAUGGCAGCCAUUUAAGUUCAGCACCUUGGGUAUAAAAAUGUAUCAAUCAUAAAUGUUAUAUUCGCAGAUAUCAUGACAUUUAACUAAUGCAAAAGGACACAUGCUGUAGCACAGGAGUGCACAACUCCUCAAGGGCCUGGGUCCAGCACGGAUUUUCCUGCUUGAACACAUCUCCUAAACCUGGUAAUUAACUGUUAAGUUGAAUCAGAUGUCUUUAAGCAGGGGAAUCAAUAAACUGUGCAGUAUUCUGGCCUUUCAAGACUGGAGUUGUGCACUGCUGCACUAGGGUGUCCCUUCACCAAUAAUGUGGACUGAUUCGUAAGUCCAAUAAUGCAUAAACAUGGCAAUACAUAUGCUUCAUAUUAUAUACUAAGAUCGUUAGACAUUUGAACACCAAGCAUGACUGCUACUUUUCCUGUGAAUUUAAACACUGCUCAGCUGAGUACCUCCAUUAAAUUCAUUUUGAUUUAAUGAAUUUAUACUGAAUUAUAUGGGGUUUCUGAUUGUCUUAUUGUUCAAUCCAGUUCUUUUUUUUUCUUAGUAUUUCAAGAUACUAUAACCCAUAUGAGAGUAACUAUUUUGCCACAAAAAUGCAUGUAUAGCUCCCAAAUGUUAGUUUUUGAUUGUUUGGAAUUAUAUAUAACCAGGCACUCAGAAAUGUGGCCAGAAAGUCCAUAAAGUGGGUCGUGAGUGGAAAUCAUGGAAAAUGUAGUUUAUUGCCUUACAUUUACUCUGUCAGUAAAGAGAUUCUUCCUCAGAUCUUCAGUAUUUAAAGCUGUGACAAGAAUCAGACUAUCACUACAAUUAAAGUUGUUUUGAGCUGUGAGAGCAAAUUCCAGGGUCUUAAUAUGGAAUUAUAGUGCAAUUUAUAUCCAGUGAUGCUGUCUGACAUAAGCUAUGGGUGAUGGUUCCGUAUGACUGGCGGUACAAUGUGCAAACGACUGUUGCACGCUGUGAUAUGUAGCAUUUGUAGGAUUUCUCUUGAGUGCACCUGUGUGGAGCUGCUCAGAAUGAACAGCAAGUUGACUGGAAAUUACUGCUAGAGAUUGUGUUCCUUUCUGUACAACUAUAGACAAUGCAUUAAUGAAAUGAAACCUUAUAGUAUUUGGAUGAUAGUAUUUUAAGUUGUUAUUUGCACAAGGCAUGCAUUUCAGUUUGGGGAGGGGGGAAUUUAUUAGCUAAUAUGAUCACGAUUCUCCAUCAAUUAUAAUGUUAGGAUAAUUCUAACAUUGCCUUGUCCCAGAUCUAAAUGGUAAAUAUGGUACAGCUAGUCUCCUAUAGCUGUAAAUUUAGCACAGGGCAUUAGCCUUAGCAUCUCUGCUACCGAUGUUUUUUAUUCCUUUAGAAAGAAAAGUCAAUGAAAUGCUGUCAUGCUGCAUGCGUAGAAUAUACAAAGAAUUAUUCUUGAUUACCUUGAGUUUCUCUCAAUGAUUUUCAUGUUGUGCAAUCGUUUGGCCAGGCACAUCCCAAGUAAUCUGAUUAUAUAUGGAAUGUGAAUGAAAAGUAACUGUAUUUCUGGAAAAAUAGACUUAAGCCAGCAAUAACAAAUGGAAAAAAGUAAUAAGUGAGUAAAAGUAAGAAUAGAAUGAUAAUGAUUGUACUUCAUUUUGCAUUUAAAUCGAUUUUAUUGUCUUUUAUUGCAACAUGUAUAUUUCCCAUUUGUUUUGAGUCUCGGGAUUUUAACAUGAAAGUGUAAAUUAAACUGGGCACUGCAAAACUCUGUCUCAAAACUCAAAUAGCAUGACUAUGACAUAACAGCAGUUUUGUCUUACUUGAAAGUGUCGCUUUUCAAUAAAUCCAAGGGCAUUGAAAACUCAAAA